CCUUAUUUAGUCCAAAGCAGUAACUUCUGCUCUGCUCCUGACUCUCUCUCCCUCAAAAUGCCAUCUUGGUGGGCAAGAAACUCAAAAAGUAAUGCACAACAAGGUCACAGGAAACAAGUUGAAGAAGCCAGGAAGAGCCAAGCUUCAACUUCUACUAAUUACAACAACAAGAGGAAUCUGAACAGAGAGAAGCAAAAGAGCUUGGAUGAAGCAAUCUUCUUUGCUCGGAAUUCUAUGAGAACAAGUCAAGAAUUCAUAGAUUCUUCCAUUUCUGCAAAUGGGUUCUCUGUGUUUCGAGGUUUUGAUUCGGAUAUAGGAAGCCUGACUGUGGAGAAGAAAGCAUAUCCUCUUCCUCAGCCUCCUAUAAGCGUUAAUAGGUUUUAUUCUGAGACGGUGUCACUUUCAGUUUCCAGUGAGAGUUCAUCUUGGUGUUCUUCUUGUGAUAAGUGUAAUGAAAACAAUGGUGAUCAUGGGGAAUUUUCUGCGUUUAGACUAUUUGAAGAAUCCCGGUGCAAAUCAUGGCCAAGAAUUUCAUGCCUGGAAUCCAAAACUUUAACAGCUUGCACAUUUCCUCAGGAUCUGCUCUUAUGUGAUACAAGUUUUGAGUCUCCAUCUGUAAAGCUUGAAAGUAGAAGGCAUCCAUGUCAUGCUCUUCCCCUUCCUCCAGGUUCUCCACCUUCAGAAAAACUUCAGUCAAAGUGGAGAAAAGGAAGGCUUCUAGGAAGAGGGACAUUUGGUCAUGUUUAUGAAGGAUUCAAUAGUGAAAAUGGACAAAUGUGUGCAAUAAAGGAAGUAAGGGUCAUUUCUGAUGAUCAGGCCUCAAAAGAAUGUCUCAAGCAACUGAACCAGGAGAUAGCAUUGCUUAGUCAGCUGUCACAUCCAAACAUUGUCCAAUUUUAUGGAAGCAAACUGGGUAGAGAAAAACUUUCAGUUUAUUUGGAGUACGUUUCUGGGGCCUCAAUUGAUAAAUUACUGCUGGAAUAUGGUCCAUUUGAGGAACCUGUUAUCCAAAGUUACACCAGGCAAAUUCUUUCUGGGCUAGCUUAUUUACAUGGAAGAAAUACAGUGCACAGAGACAUCAAAGGCGCAAACAUAUUAAUAGAUCGUAAUGGUGAAGCUAGACUCAUCGACUUUGGCAUGGCUAAACAUACAACAUCCUGCUCUUCAAUGCUUUCUUUUAGAGGCAGCCCUUAUUGGAUGGCGCCUGAGGUGAUAAUGAAUCUGGGUGGUUAUGGUCCUGCGGUUGAUAUCUGGAGCCUAGCUUGUACUGUUCUUGAAAUGGCUACUUCAAAGCCACCUUGGAGCCAGUAUGAAGGGGUAGCUGCAAUAUUUAAAAUUGCAAACAGCGAAAGUUUUCCUGAAAUCCCUUGUCACCUUUCAGAGAAUGCACAUAGUUUCCUUAAACUUUGCUUGCAGAGGGACCCCUUGGCACGUCCUAAGGCUGCACAACUACUACAUCACCCCUUUUUCCAAGAUCAAGCGACAAGAAAGUUAUGAAAGUUGAUAAUUUCUAAAGUCAUGAGUGAACUUGCCAGAUGAGGUGCAAAAGUUUGGUUUUGUAUAGAAUUUAUGUACAAAUAACUGUCCAGAAGCAACUCUGUUCUAUGUGCUAUGCAAAUGAUGGAAGUUGGCUUUUCUGACUUAUGAGGGUUUGGCACUUGCAGAAAUUCUCUAUUUCUGCAAUUUUCUUCAUGGUUAAAUGUUCAAGACCAACUUUUGCUAAAAUUUCAUAGAAUGUUUUGGCCAAUUGCAUAAAAAUUUGUAUCAUAAGAAAUUUUCAGUAGCAGAGAUGGACAUACUAACAGAGGUCAGGAGUUUAAGCUGCCUCCAUAGUUCUUGUAAUAUGUAAAAAAGCUGUAUAUAUCUUGUCUUAUGUUUUCCAUAAAGAUAAGGGCACAACUGCUCUGUAUGUAACAACAGAAGAAAUGAUAUCUGUUAAUAUCACUAUGAUAAUAAUACCAGAGCUACAUGCCAUAUUUUUCCUCAAGAA